AUAUCAACUGUUAACGUAAGUGUGUAAGGGCGACUUUAACGAAGCCAAUUUAUUGUUGUUGCUAUUGCUGAAUGUAGUCGUAACAAAUACCAUGCGUUUGCAAGCAAAGUCGUCUUUGUGACAGCGGUUACGAUAGCCUGGACGCCGAGAGAAAAACAGUGACUUGCUUUGUCAGAGCUAACUUUACGAUUAACUAGUUUUUUUUUUUGGUAAAGUAGGUUCCCAUCACCAGCCUCGAUGGGGAAUAUGUUCGCACAGCUCUUUAAAAUGUUCGGGAAGAAAGAGAUGAGGAUUCUCAUGGUGGGUCUGGAUGCUGCUGGAAAGACGACUAUUUUGUACAAGCUCAAACUUGGAGAGAUUGUGACUACCAUUCCCACAAUAGGUUUUAAUGUAGAGACAGUAGAGUACAAGAGCAUCAGUUUCACGGUAUGGGAUGUCGGUGGACAAGACAAAAUUCGACCGCUAUGGCGACAUUACUUCCAGAACACACAAGGUCUCAUCUUUGUUGUUGACAGCAACGACAGAGAGCGAAUUACGGAGGCUCGUGAAGAGCUCUUGAGAAUGUUGGCAGAGGAGGAGCUGCGUGAUGCCGUACUAUUAGUGUUUGCCAACAAACAAGACCUUCCAAACGCUAUGAAUGCAGCAGAACUCACAGACAAGAUGGAUCUUCACUCCCUUCGCAACAGACACUGGUACAUCCAGGCAACCUGUGCCACCACCGGGGAUGGCCUUUAUGAAGGACUGGAUUGGUUGUCUAGUCAGCUCAAGAACCAUUAAUAAUCACCUACUAUCUACAACUAAUCAGCUCCACCCAAUCUCUGACCUUGCUCUCUACUAUUAAGGUGUUGCAAAAGUUACCUUGUCCAAAUAGAAAAGGACUGGAAGCAGCCCUCACUUUAGCUGUUAUUAUCACAAACGUACAGGCCAGUGGUGGGGGCGAUCUAUUCUUGUAAAGCUGUUGGUUUCGUAUUUUAUUUUAUGUAACUGUAAAUAUAUUUGGUAAUGGGGCAGCUUAUUGCACUCUCACAAAUCCUACCGUGGUUAUUUCUCUUUCUGGCUGUUGGGCAGCCAUUUGUGCAUUGAAUAAGAAAAGGGAGGUGAGGAAUAAAAAAUUUACCAGCACAUGUUGGCCCCAGGACCUCAGUGCAGUCUGAUGACUUGUUAUUAGCUGGUCACAGUGAUCCAUGAGGGGCUUUUAAUUUUCAAAAAACUGAAUUAAACACUGAUGCACUACUUGCAGCUACUAUGGUAACUUUAACCAGUGACUACAUGUGCCAGCCCCCCAAAUUACCAUUUAGUAAACACUGGCACUGACUAUUUGUACUCUGUACUGACAUUAUUACUUUGUCCAAGUUGAGACCCCCUGUCUGUGAGCACUUACCAGCCUUUGUUAUACACUAUGUUGGCUUGAAUUGAUACAUGCUGCAAUAAUCUCACAUCUACCUGCUUCAUGAAAAUCUAUUGAGUCAGCACUGGAUUUUUGUAUUUCUGAGUCUCAGGUUUAUCAUGUGCUGCCUUUGCAAUAUACUUGUUAGCAAAACUAACUGCAUGAUGUGGUCUGUUGGUCUUUAAAGAUGUGCAUAUUUACUGAGUGUUAACAUCAUUAGGCUGCACAGGAACUAUUACCCCACUGAGUACUUAUUUUAACAGCCCUAUACUGUAACUUGUUGUGUGUACUGUUAGGUAAUUGUAACUAAAGGAGUGGCACACUACAAUGGCCCCACUGUCUUCACUAAAGGCUCUAGCAGUCAUACCUUUUUUUAUUCAGUUAUUAAAAUACAGAAAAUGGGUUGUGAUGGCAAUACAAAAUCAGUUUCGGCUACAUGUUUAACGUGGUGCCAGUAUUUCUUCCUUUGCAGCACAUUGUCCUUGGGGUAAACAGGAAGCCAAACAUAAUGCCUUCUUAUCCAGAACACAUGUUGCCUUUUAUUUUCAAUCUUCUUUUCUAAAAGGUGUGGGUGUUACUUUACUGCUUUGAAGAUGUCUCUGGGGGGUUCAUUAAAAAUAUUUUUUUGAUUUAUAACUGAAACUAAAUAUUUGAAAACUAUGUUAAUCUCUUGAGUUUGUUUUUUUUAUGUAAAGCUUUUGUUUUGUGAGGAAAAAGCACUAUAAUUAAAGUGACUGGAUGAAAAAAUGUUUCUGCAACUGAUUUUGAUCCUCUCUCACUCUGCAAUAAACUUGCUGAAUUUUAA